GGCACCCGUCGGCGGGCCGACUGGCUCCGCCCCUCCCAGGCCCCGCCCGGUCAAGCCUCUUUCCGAAGAGGUUCUGGCGGCCGCAUCCCUGGCCUCGGCGGUGCGCGCGGAGCUGCAGGUAUGGCGGUCUCCGCUGAGGGCGCCCGCAGGAAGGAGCGCGUCCUCUGCCUGUUUGAUGUGGACGGGACCCUCACGCCGGCUCGCCAGAAAAUUGAUCCUGAGGUGGCUGCCUUCCUGCAGAAGCUGCGGAGUAGGGUGCAGAUCGGUGUGGUCGGUGGCUCCGACUACUCUAAGAUUGCUGAGCAGCUGGGAGAGGGGGAUGAAGUCAUCGAGAAGUUUGAUUAUGUGUUUGCCGAGAAUGGGACCGUGCAGUAUAAGCAUGGACGGCUGCUCUCCAAGCAGACCAUCCAGAACCACCUGGGGGAGGAGCUACUGCAGGACUUGAUCAACUUCUGCCUCCGCUACAUGGCCCUGCUCAGACUGCCCAAGAAGCGCGGAACCUUCAUCGAAUUCCGGAACGGCAUGCUGAACAUCUCGCCCAUCGGCCGGAGCUGUACCCUGGAGGAGCGAAUCGAGUUCUCCGAGCUGGACAAGAAGGAGAAGAUCCGGGAGAAGUUUGUGGAAGCCCUGAAAACAGAGUUUGCCGGCAAAGGGCUGAGGUUCUCUCGAGGCGGCAUGAUCAGCUUUGACGUCUUCCCUGAGGGCUGGGACAAGCGUUACUGCCUGGACAGCCUGGACCAGGACAGCUUCGACACCAUUCACUUCUUUGGGAACGAGACCAGCCCUGGUGGGAAUGACUUCGAGAUCUACGCUGACCCCCGGACCGUCGGCCACAGCGUGAUCUCUCCACAGGAUACAGUACAGCGAUGCCGUGAGAUUUUUUUCCCAGAGACAGCCCAUGAGGCGUGACCAGGGCCCACACCCGCUCCUAGGGACUUCUAGAGAGCUCCACCCAGGCCUAAAGAGAGCCCCUGGCCCUGGUGUUGGGUGGGAUGCCAGGGCCCCUCCUCCUCCAGCUCAGGAUGCCUACCUCCUAUUACCUGCUGCAAGGCCCACCUCGAUGGGGCCAGGGUCCGCGUGGACAACCGUCCCCAGCCGGUCAGCUCCUGGGGGGCCGGCUCCGCCCUCCACCCCGACAGCCCUGGCUACAGCUGCUGCUUGUACUUGUAAACAGAACAGAUUUCCGUCUACGCCGGGAGGAGGGCUGUGCUAGUCUUGGUACAAGAUAGAGCCCGCUCUGCUUACCUGUCCCAGGCAGGGCGCAGAGCACCAGGGAAGGUGCGUAUUUGCCAGAACUUUCUCUCACAAACAUUAAAGUUCCUGGAACGAGGAA